GGGACCAACCCAAAAUGCCCGCAAUUCCGAGUUCUAGGUCCAGGACGCGGGAUCGGAACAACGUCAUGAGCAGACCCGAGUUCAUGUCCCUGAACCAGCCCCUUUGGAGCGGCAACUCGGAGAGCCGGGGAAACUCAAGGCGACCUGGUCAACCCAAACACCAAGCAAGCCUGCCGUGCGACCCGCAGGAACCUACUGACAGUGCCAGCAAGGAACGGAAAGAGCCCACGAAACUGCCCGAGGAGGACUGUAUCCAGCUGAACCCUUCCUUCAAGGGGAUAGCGAUGAGCUCCCUCCUCGCCAUUGACAUUUGUCUGUCCAAGCGCCUGGGGGUCUGCGCCUACACGUCGUCGUCUUGGGGCACGGUUCGUUCCAUGGUCACCCUACUUGCGUUCACGGGACACGGCAUCACGUGGAUCAUUGGCACUAUUGUGUGUCUGACAAGGAGUAAUACGCUGGCGGGACAAGAGGUCUUGGUCAAUCUAUUACUUGCCCUCCUGCUUGAUGUCAUGACAGUGGCCGGAGUCCAGAAGCUGAUCAAACGCAAAGGACCCUGGGAGAUGAGUCCGGGAUUCCUGGACUACUGUGUCAUGGAUGUGUACUCCUUCCCAGCGGCCCACGCCAGCCGCGCCGCAAUGGUGUCCAAGUUCCUGCUUUCCCACCUGGUCCUGGCCGUCCCUCUUCGCAUACUGCUGGUGCUCUGGGCCUUCCUGGUGGGCAUGUCCCGGGUGCUGUUGGGUAGACACCAUCUGACCGACAUGGCGUGCGGCUUCGCCCUGGGCCUUCUGCACUUCAGCCUGGUGGAGACGGUGUGGCUGUCGUCCAGCGCCUGUCAAACCCUCAUCUCUAUAGGGACCCUCAGCUGGAGCUCCUUCUACUGAACACAGGGCCAGGAGUUCUUCCUGAUGUGAUCUGGAACAGAGUUUUCCCUGAUCAAGGCCUACUGUCAAAGGCUGCAUUAGACCUACGUAUAGGCUUUAUCUUGAUUUCCUUUCAAUGAUGUUUGUAUUUUUCUGCUGGACACUAUCAUUUGUUUAAACUAUACAUUUUUGAGAAACAGGUGGACUGGACUCCAAAUGUGAAUAGAUUUUUGCUGUCAUUGAAUUGUGCUGUAUGUGUUAAACAAAAACAUGAUUGUUGUCUAGAAGAUCAGGGAUUUUGCUACAGGGUUAAAUAUUUAUCCUAUCCAAAUAAGUUUCAAAAGAUAGUUUUGAUUAGUUUAAGGCAAGCGGUUUCAUCAUAGAUCUCUGUAUGUUGUAUAUUCCACAUUGUUUGCCUUCUCUGCUGCAAUCUAAGCAUUAACCAAGCAGAUAGACACAGUUAGUUUAUGGUGCUGAUUUCAUGCCUUACUGAGUAACUGAACAACGUCUGUGUGAAGUCAUCUACAGUACAUCAGGCUUGGGGUUACCAUUGAUACUGUGACAUAUGUGUGUGUAUAUGGGUGAUUGUGUGUGUGCAUAUGUCUGUGUGUGUGUUUGUAUGCCUCCAUGCAAGAUUUCUUAUGUGUGUACCUUUGUGAGUCAAAUGUAAUGUCUUUUGGAGGGUAAAAGUCACUGAGUAAACCUUUGCUGGGUAAAGUCCUGAAUGUUCACUGGCAUGUACAAAAAAUGAAUUAUACCCGAUAUCAAAGGCUUUUUUUACCUACUGUAUGCCUUCAUGUAUUUCAUUUAUUGGUCUUCUGCUAUCUCUUUUGGUUGUUUAUUUUUGUUGUGAUAUUAUGGACUUGGGAACCAAACUAUUUAAGCUGUAGCCUUUUUGCUUUCGCAAAAAAAUAUUUAAUUGGGUUGAACCUGUAUAUAUGUAUGUAUGUGAUAUUGCAUUAGUGCAAGUCAGCAUGUUUUGUUUUGUACAAGGAUGACAAGAAAGUCAUCUUUUCAUGCAGUGUUUGAAUUUAUCCAGUCUAAUUUGCUAAAUUAAGAAGAUGGCUGGAUAGUCUUUAUAAGAUGUGGAUGUCUUUCCUGCGUUGUUUAUG